GACGAGGCUGUCAAUUUUGUAUCGAAGUGCCUGAAAAAACUACCUGCGCGAACGAGCGAAUCUCAAGUCGCUGUCAUCGGAUCCGUUUUUAUCAAAUACGCUGAUGUAGACGACAACGGCGAAUUUGCAAAUUUUGUUACGGAGACUAUUUCAAUUCAACCGUGUCUAAGCUUCGGAGUUUCGCCUGUCCGUGAGACGAUCGUGUGCACGACUGCUCAGGCAGCUUUACCGAUGUCAGCUCCUUGUUUCCUGGGCUCGCUACAGACAGCAAGAACGCAUCAGCAGCUAAGGAAAAUGCUGAAGGAACGGUUACGUCAAUUGAAGCCACGGAAUAGAUGA